UCGGUGCGAGCGCGAUCCACCACGCGCACCUCUGUGCCGCGCUUCACAACGAAACGAAUUAUAUCGAAACAUUCGAAUGAAACGGUCAACUGUCCAUUGUCAAAUUACUAUUGAAAAGUGACAGGCUCAUGCCCAGUGUCAAGUUCAGUGUUUGCGUUCGGUACGAGUUUUCUAGCACUCGAUUGUUUAUGUUUACUACUGUCGGCGUCUGAUUCACGUGUCAUUUUACGGAUUUACCUCAACUGAAAGUUUUGACAGGAAAAUGUUUUGUUCAAUAAUGAGAGUGACAUAAUGUGCUUAUUCGGUUAUCUUAACAUGUAGAUGUGACCUUGGAAUAAAACAAAAGUUAUAUUUGUGUCGCUGUAAAGUGAUGGUUGUGAUCAGCAAUGCCAGAUUGGCGAUACAACGUGCUCUCGACCAACGAGGCGUUCAUAGACACUGAAGGUGUGCCCAUGCGGGACCCACUCGCAGCCAGCUACCCGCGUCGCGCCGACCGCACCAGGCCCCCUCACACCUGCCCAUACACCACCAUUUUCUUAGGGGCUCGUUCUCACCACGCUCCCUACAGAUUACCAGCUAUACAGAGCGAUACUAUCGAUCCGUAUGCAGAUGUGUACUCUGUUGAUCGUUCCUCCAACCUCACCGAUACAUCCAGUUUUGCUCGCUACGAAGAUUGUCGGCCGCAAAUCGAUGAAAAUUUAUCAGAAACUGACGACCAGCACUAUGCAGAUGAAACUUUAACUGAAAAUGUUACAUUACAAGUUCAGAAAGUGCCAUACACUUCUAGCGUGUUUUACAUUUCCGCAAAAACUGAUACAACGCGCAAAGAGGUAGUUCAAAGCAAUGAUGUCUUUCUGGUGGAAGAGUCCGAUUCUGAUGCAUUAUCGUCGUGCACCUGUGACAGUUUUGAAAGAUGUGAAUUUGAUUGUAGAGACUUUGAACCUUUCUCGGACACUUGUUGUUGUGAUCCAUUGAGUGACGGUGUUUGUAGUCGUAGUCCUAAGGAUGUCGACUCUCCAGAACACUUUUGUGAUAGAGUGGCGGAGGAGGACGGUGUCUCUAACCGAAGUGAUAUGGACGGUUUGGAUUUGGCUCUGUUUGAACCAGCACAAACUGAAUCUGCUGAUUGCGGGGACGGUCCCGCACAAAAUGCCGCUGUUUCCGUCUCAGCUUCAUUGUGCGGGAUACUGCACGCGCUACCUGACAGCAUCAGCAUUGAUGGGGCAUCUAGCGCGGUGGCGGGUGCGGCCGUGGGGGUGCCGCUGUCUUGGGAGCCAUUCUACUGCGUGCUGCAGCAGGACAGGCGCAUCCUCACUGCAUACACCAGUGAGGAGCUAGCUACCAACAAUAAUGGAGAAUACUCAUCGAGAAGUCUUCCUCGUGUGAGGCUUGACAACGGAGCAAACGUUGGUAACGCUGGCGUAAGACUACGGUGUUGGGCUGCACCACCGUCAAUCACAGAGGAAGAAGCAGAAGAAGAAAUUGAAGAAGAUGCAGUUUCAUUACGGGCGAUGCCCGCACAAGACACUUCAUAUGAAAAGGCAUGUCGUCGGGGCUCUGCGCCGAGCACGCCGGUACCAGGUGCCCAGGCGCAGCACAGUCCCUCCCGCCUCGCGUCCUUCUUCUUCUCCAAGCGAUCGUUCAGGAGUAACCCCCUCAAGAGGACUAAGUCGGCGACCAAGCUCGAGAGGGAACGUGCCCUGGCCGCCGUACCUACACACCCGCCUACACAUGCCUUACGGACAUCAAGAUCUCACGAAAGCCUCCUGUCUGCACACUCACCCGCCGUCUCCACUAUGGAUUUGGGACCACCUAAUCAAGUAGAAAUCCGUUCUCUCCACUCGUCGGUGCUGGGCAGGCCACAUUGCUUCGCGCUCAGUGCCGAGAGCAGAGCGCCGCGUUACUUCGCCUGUGCCUCGCGGAAAGAGCGGGACCGCUGGAUAUACAGCUUGCGGCAAGCGGCGCGGCCGGAUGAACUGCGCACGCGCCGAUGUGAGCGGACCGUCAAGCUGUGGCUGCUGGAGGCCAAGGCCAUACCGCCUAAGAAGCGAUACUACUGCGAGAUCCUGCUCGACGAUACCUUAUAUGCUAGAUCAUCAUCAAAGCUGAAGACGGAGCUAUGCUUCUGGGGCGAGGUGUACGAGUUCGCGAACCUGCCCGCAGUCCGCGCCAUUCACGUCAACGUGUAUAGAGAACCCGAGCGCAGGUCUAGGAAGAGAGAUAAACAUGCGCUUGUUGGUACAGUCCGAAUCCCGGUCGACGACGUAUCCUCAAGAUACCUCAACGAGCGGUGGUACCCGCUGACGGAGACCGACAAGCCGCAGUCCCCCGCCGCACCUGCGCCCGCGCUGCGGAUCAAGUGCCGGUAUCAGAGCGUCGAUGUACUGCCCAUCGACCAUUAUGCCAGGUUCCUCGACUAUCUGAAGAGGAAUUAUAGAAGGCUGUGUGAAUAUUUGGAGCCUGUUAUUGGUGUGAAAGCGAAGGAAGACAUCGGGUGUGCCCUCGUGCUGUGCAUGGCGGGCGCGGGGCUCGCGCCGCGCUACCUGGCGGACGUGGUGGCGCUCGACGUGCGCCGCACCGGCGACCACUCGCUCACCUUCCGCGGCAACUCGCUCGCCACUAAGAGCAUGGAAGCUUACCUCAAGCUCGUUGGAGACCAGUAUCUGCAGGACACACUAUGCGAAGCUGUCGCAGCAGCAGCGGGCGCGGAAUGCGAGGUAGAUCCUCUACGAGCAGGCGGCGCGGCGGCACUGCGGCGGCAGCAGGCGGCACUGCGCGACGCGGUGGCGCUGGCGUGGGCCGCCAUCGCGCGGUCCGCGCCGCGCUUCCCGCAUCCACUGCGGGACUGCUUCGCUACCUUUCGGGAGAGACUGACGGCGAUGGGUCGCGAGGAUAUCUCGGACAACCUCAUCAGUGCGUCGAUCUUCCUUCGCUUCCUCUGUCCAGCUAUACUGUCUCCAAGUCUUUUUGGAAUAACCCACGAGUACCCGAACGAGCGUGCAGCCCGUAACCUGACGUUAGUAGCGAAGACCCUGCAGACGCUCGCCAACUUCACGCGCUUCCAGGGCAAGGAGGCCUUCAUGGAGUUUCUCAAUGAUUUCCUCGAGCAGGAGGCACCCAAUAUGAAGGCAUUCCUUAGAGCUAUAUCGACGCGUCCUCAAGAUCAGCAACAACAAGUUCAGCAACAGCAACAUCAGCAACAGCAGACCCAGCAGCAACAGCAACAGGACGGCAGUAAGCGCAACUCGGCGGCCUCGCAGGGGUCAAAUACGGGGUCGGAAGGGCCUCGCGACAGUGUCGAGCCGGACCCUGAGUGGGCCCCGCAUGUGGACUUAGGCAAACAGCUCGCGACGUUACAUGCCUUGCUUGUUGAUAGCUUGCCGAAGCUGCCUGCUAAUAAGAUACAGGAGUUGGACCCGUUGUCAGAUAUACUAGACGAACUAAGCAAGAGGUUAGUGAGCAACGAUAUUAGUUCUCCUGCGCCUCCUGCCGCUGAUAACAUCUUUAGGUUCAACGACCCCACGUGCAAUACACCAACGAAGCAACCGAUUGAACCAGCAACCAACGGUCAGAUGAGUAACAACUUCGCUCACAGCUCACCUAUCAUGAACAAGAAUGGAGUCCAAUUCAACAUCAGCUCCUCCAAAUCUAAUGCCGAGGAAUCCAAGUAUAAGCCUGGAUAUGCUGCCGUCACCAAAUCACCCAGUUUCAACCUACGAUCAGCAACAUUGCCCAGAAAUGGGUACGGCUCCAGUCCUGUCAGCCAGGCCGUCAAUCCUGAUAGAUACAGCUCGCAAUACAACAAUCAGGAACAUUGCGUUAAUCUGAAAGUCGUACAGAUUGGCUUCAACUCCGACCAAUACCCGAAAGGCGUUAGCAAUGGUAUCAGCGAAAGCUUAGAGCGCAGGUUCCAGGAGAGGUACAAACCCAACAACAAUUAUAACAAUCAACAAACGCACUUCCACAACUCUAACUACAACAGCACAGAGCGAUCACCGAGCAGUGACAGCAUCAACCACAACUACUGCUCCAAUGAUAUGCAGAACAUCAUGAAGGACACUGCCACGCUAGAGGAACUGUCUGACCUCCUGAAGUACGCUGACGACUCAGAAAUAGUCGAAGACAAACUCAUUAUGAACAAAAAGAACUUGUCGCAGUCUAUUUCUAAUAACAAUAACAUCGUUAAUGGAAACAAAACUAACUACACAAACAAUGGCUCGAACGUUUCUAUCAGUGGACUAUCCAACGUAGCGAGUUCUGGCUACCAAAGUAUUGCUACUUACAGCCAAAGUUCCAGCCCCAUAGAGAAUACGACCCACCAUCAUCAGCCUUAUGAAAAUGGCGGACAGCCGAUGAGUCGAUAUUCUCAAAUAAAUUACCAGAAACAAAGAGACAAACAGUAUUACGACAACAAGAACGAAAAGUUCUAUCCAAAGAGCCCAGUGCAACAGAAAAUUGAUUAUGACAUCCAGAAAUACGGAAUACAAAACUUUACAACUGCAGAGAACACACCGGCAAACGCUAACGCAAAUCCAAAAGUAGCUCCGUUAGUGUUCACGAAUCCAGUGUACAACAUGGAUGACAACCGUCAGGCGCAGGAUAAAAAGAACAAUGAAAACAGAAAUUCUAAGCGUUGUCCUUGUGGCUCAUCCAGUUCAUCGAUAGAUGAGGAGGGUUUGAGCACAGACAACGUCGAGACAAACUCUGAAGAGGGUUCUACUAACUUCAAUGAUGAUAGUAGAAACUAUGACCAACAGAAUCGCAACAAUUCCCACCGAAAACUCACCAGAGAUAACUGUAGUUAUGAUGAUAUGUAUCAGAGGAGCAACCACAGUCACUCCCCUAAGAUACGGGACGAUGAAUCGUCAAGCAAUUCGCCUAGCCUACGGAAGAGUAGUAAGACGCGAAUGCCCAGAACAAACCCUAUGCUCUCUUACUCCACUAAUCAAAACCAAAUCAACUUCAAACACUUCGGCCAAAGAGGAGAAUCGCUGUAUGAAAGCAAGCCUCACCAUAUUUCAACCGACUCCGGCUACCCCAUGAGCAGGUCCGACUCGAACGUAGAGGAAGUGAACAAAGAAAUGUACAGGUUACAGAUUUCACGAAGUCAGAAGGCGCUCUACAACAUGGAGAACUCCAAAAACUCUCCCGAGAAGUAUUCGAUGUCAGAGAAUGCGAUUCCAGAGACCAACUAUCCGUUGGACAGGACGUACUCUGGAGCGAAGAUGUCGAGUAGUAGGGUGAACGAGGAUUUGGAGAGGCAUCAGGAGUACUACGGAGUGCGGGAGCGGCGCGAGUCGCCGCCGCGCGCGGUGUUCGGGCGCGACUCGCAGUCCAGCGAGGCGAGCGAGCGCAAGCUGCAGCGCCGCCUCAGCCUGGAGUCCGCGCGGGACCUCACCGACAGCUCCGACGAGCUGGACGACACGCUCUACAGCACCACGGGCCGCCGACGCGCUAACAAGCACCACAGGACCAUUGAACAGUACGAACGCGAGAUCGAAAGGUUAAAAUGUUCAGUGGAACUUUUACGGGGAAGAUUAGGGCCUGCUGAACCAGGGCAAGAUCACACGGACGCCAAAAUGAAAGCUAUCAUUUCAAGGUUGAUCUGCGUAGAAGAAGAGUUGAGACGCGAACAGCGCAAGAUGGCCGCCGCGUUGUCCCACAAGCAGCGGGUUAUAGAGGCUCAGGAGCACCGCAUCGCGGCGCUGGACGAGGCCAACACGCGCCUGCUGUCCGCGCUCGUGCACCUGCAGCAGCGCGCGCCCCACCCCGCGCCCCACCCGCAGCCCCACCCCGCGCCCCACGCGCCGCCCCACCCGCCCGCGCACGCGCCGCACGCGCAGCACUCGCACCAGGAACUGCAGAUAUAACUCGCUCUAACACCCCCCUCACACAGAUAUAGAUACCGGUAGGCAUGUCAAUUUGUACCUGUAUUACAUAGAUUGAAAAGUAGUAAAGUAGGUACUCUUCGAAAACAUACUAAAAAUUUCAGUAUUGGUUAUGCCUGUCAUUGAAAAGUAGUAAAGUAGGUACUCUUCGAAAACAUACUAAAAAUUUCAGUAUUGGUUAUGCCUGUCCUUGUCAUUUUCACAUCGAAGAUUGAGAAGGCAAUUCUAUUUUUUUUUAUUUAUUAACAGUUGUAUGCUGAAAUAUUAUUACUUACAGGUUCUCUAUAUCUAGGUACCUCUGUAUCUAUAUCUGUGAUCAAAUAUAGUUUUUUCCAGUCUGAAUAGCAUAGUAUUGCUGUCCUGUCUAUUCAUAUCUAAGCUCUGUAAUCAUGAUCUCUGUUUUCAUUGGAUGACUAAUGGCGCAUAAUGUUGAUGCAUUUGGAUUUAUUAAAUGAAGAUAUACUUGUGUAUACAAUUUUAAAUUAUUUUUGCUUCUAUUGUAAUAUUUCUCAGUGCUAUGAUGUUAAGCCUUUAGAAUUUAUUUCGAUAACGUAGAUUCUGAAUUAAAUAGUAUGAUUGUGAGUCCUCUCUGCAUAGACUUUUAGAGAUUUUGUCCUCAAAUUAUAUUCACAUAUUUAAACGCACAAGUGGACGAAGGGUCCAUUUUGGAUGUCUGAGUGAAUGUUUAAUUUUCUAAUUUAGAUUUUCAUACAGUUAAUUAAAAGCACAAUUAACAAGUUUGCACGCAGUUUAUGUAUGAUUAAAUUUAACUGUUUGCCUUCGUAUAUCUUCAUUAGUUGCAAUAUGAAUAAACUCAUUACAUUAAAUAUUUGUUAUAACGUAUUAAUAAUAUUGUUUAACUUGUGUAUCGCAAUAAUUGUUUUGCCAUUUAUCAUUUUUGUUACAUUGUUUCGUUAGUUUUAUUGAAAUAUGCUUUAAAUGACAUUAACUUUUCUAUAUAAAUAUCAGUAUUUUUCAUAAAUUCGAUGAAACGUUCGCUCCUUGUGUCGACAAGUUUGUUUUCUGUAACAAUGAUACCAAAGACGAUUGAAUAUCCCUUAGACAUAGUUGUAGUGGUCCGAACGAACCCGCUGCAAUGGAGUCCUAGUGUUGUAUUUUAAAAUAAAAAGUUAUAGAUUUUAUAAUUAUAAUAUAAGACUUGUAUCAUAAUAUUCUUAAGAGAUACGAUAAGUUAAACGUGGUAUGAAAUCAAAAUUUAUUUUUAAUACCUUUGGAGUAUUAUUCUAUGGGAUUCAUAAAAUGUUAAACAACCUAAUACUAAAAAUUGUAAGCCUGUAUCAAGUUUAAAAUAAAAUGUUUUGAACCACAACUUAUGACGUAUUGUGCAACAUAGUUACAGCGAAGAUGUAAUUUAAGCCAUAACUUCAAGUUAAUAUACCUGCACAGGUAUAUAAAUUAUCACAUUAAAUUAUGAAUUACGUA